UAAAAUUUGCUCAUAGACUAGUCUAAUGCAAUUUAGACAGUUUCACAAAAGUAAAGACUGACUUAAUUUAGACCAAAAAAAUUAGACACCUUACCCCCAGGCUAACUUAGGUCUAAGACUCUAUGUUACCUUGGCAACCAACAGUAGCAAUCAGUUACAUUACAAACAGCCAAAAGAAAAGGGAAAAUGGCUCAUAAUUUGUGGUUUGAUGACGACGUUAUGGAGAGAGCUAUGAGAAGGGAAAGGGUUUUUAGGGACCGCAGUAACCUACUGGAAAUAUAUAAUAAUGAGGACUUUAUCGGUCGGUUUCGUUUGCCCAAGGAAGCUAUACUGAGUCUGACAGAUGAAUUAGCUGAAGUACUGAGCCCUGCCACUUCAAGAAGCCACAGCAUCCCAGCAGUGCUACAGGUUUGCACUGCGUUGAGAUUUUAUGCAACAGGAACGUUUCUGAAUGCUGUUGGUGACACAGUGGGUCUCAGCAAAGCUUCUGUGUCACGGGUGGUAUACAGGGUAUCAAGGGCACUUUCAAAUAAGCUCCCUCAGUUUCCAAACCAACUGGCUGAGCUGAACAGAGUCAAAAGAGGGUUCUUCAGCAUAGCAAGAUUUCCCAAUGUUGUUGGAGCAAUUGAUGGGACACAUGUCAGAAUCCAGGCUCCAACAGCUCAUGAACAUUUGUUUGUGAAUAGAAAAGGAUAUCACAGCCUAAACAUUCAGGCUGUUUGUGAUUCUGAUCUCCGGUUCCUCAACUGUGUGGCGCGCUGGCCUGGAUCAAUUCAUGACUCUCGAAUUCUUCAAAAUUCUCAACUUUUCCGUGCAUUUGAGCAAGGCAUUAUCGAUGGGGUCCUGUUGGGGGACUCUGGCUACCCUCUAAAACCUUGGCUCCUAACUCCCUUCCUGAAUCCUACUACACCUGCACAGAGAAACUACAACGCAGCACACUGUUCAACUCGUAACACUGUAGAGCGGGCAUUUGGUGUACUGAAGAGGCGUUUCCAUUGUCUACAUGGGGAAUUGCGAAUGGCACCUGACAGAGUGUGUAACAUCAUCUGUGCGACUGUUGUGCUGCAUAACAUAGCGAGGGAUCUCCGGCUACCUGACCCUCAAGGAGAGGAUAUCAGAGAUGACAAUCACAAUGAACUGGAGGACAGAGAAGAUUUAGAGGAGCAGAAUGGAACCGGUCGAUAUGUGCGUCAGAUGUAUGUUGACAGGAUUUUCAAUGUCUAAAACAACAACAAAAAUCACAUCAAAGUGGGCCACCAUGUUGUCUGUCUUUACCUAUUAGGCUUAAAUGAGUAGCAACCAACUUAAUAAAUAUAUAUUUAUUUUUUGAAGUUUUCUCAAGUGACAUACUGUUCAUUCAAUAAAUUAGUACAAUAAAUUAUACAGCGUUUGUGUCUCAUUUCAUUCAUAUCAAAAUCAUCAAGGUUAUUAAAAGUACAACAUAUCUACCGUUCAAACUCUUAACCUGUGUAAAACUAAUAAGGCAGAUUAGAAGCAGGCCUACUCAACAUAUUAACUUUUAAAACUGCUUUAAAAAACACAGAAAAGAAUUAGCCUAAAAUACCUCAUUGUCUUAUUGGAAGUAUUCAAGAUAUUUACAACUCCAGUGACUGUUUGUGCAAGUCUAAUUUUAAUUUAUCUCUCUGAAGCUGUAAAACUUCAAUCUCGAGCAGCAAUUUCCUCUCUUCCAGUUCAAGAUUUCUGUAUUGUUUGUCUAGCACCAUUGACAUAGUUGUUCCUCUCGACACUGAUGUGCAAACCACGGGACCAGCAGCUGUAGCUGAUGCUGAUCCUGACGCUGACGCUGACUCAGACUCUUUAUCUCCCGUCCCCUCCCGUCUCUCACCCGGCUCCUCCUCCACUGCCUCGCUUCGGUCCCAAGUCAAAGACAGGGUCACUAAAAAUAAGUACAGACAUAACAUUACCUUACUUGUAGGGGUGGGCGAUAUAUCGCAUGACAUUGUUAUGCGCAUCUCGUCAGUA